CUCUUCUCUUCUCUUCUCUCUCUCUCUCUCCAAACAGCGUGCAUUGUUGUCCGUACAAAUUUGGUCGCUUUGGUUCUGCUCUCUGCUUCGAUUGGACGACAAUCCGAACGGUGUCGUUUUCUGUGCGAGUAGGCGGAGCUUUGUUAUGCUGCUCGGCGCGUUAGUUUCUCAAUCCAAAGGUUUGAUUUUUAGGAGGGUCUUGUAAUUUCUAGGGUUAGGGUUUCUUCGGGGUUGGGUGGAGAAAAUGGAGCCUCGUGUUGGGAACAAGUUCAAGCUGGGACGGAAGAUCGGAAGCGGCUCGUUCGGGGAGAUCUAUCUCGGUACGAAUAUUCAGACGAACGAAGAGGUUGCGAUUAAGCUGGAAAAUGUGAAGACCAAACAUCCUCAGUUGCUGUAUGAAUCCAAGCUGUACAGGAUCCUACAAGGAGGAACUGGGAUACCAAAUGUGCGGUGGUUUGGAGUGGAAGGAGAUUAUAACGUUUUGGUAAUGGAUUUACUGGGGCCCAGUCUUGAAGACUUAUUUAACUUCUGCAGUAGGAAACUUUCUUUGAAGACGGUUCUCAUGCUGGCAGAUCAAAUGAUCAAUCGGGUUGAAUUUGUUCAUUCCAAAUCCUUUCUACAUCGUGAUAUCAAGCCAGACAACUUUCUCAUGGGAUUAGGAAGGCGUGCAAAUCAGGUAUACAUGAUUGAUUUUGGUCUGGCUAAGAAAUAUCGGGAUAGUACAACCCGUCAACAUAUUCCUUAUAGAGAAAACAAGAAUUUGACUGGAACUGCAAGAUAUGCAAGCAUGAACACCCACCUUGGGAUUGAGCAAAGCCGGAGGGAUGAUUUGGAAUCUCUUGGUUAUGUCCUGAUGUACUUUCUCAAGGGAAGUCUUCCUUGGCAGGGACUAAAAGCGGGAACUAAGAAACAGAAGUAUGAAAAAAUUAGUGAGAAAAAAGUUACUACUUCAAUCGAGAAUUUGUGUCGUGGCUAUCCGACUGAAUUUGCAUCAUAUUUCCAUUACUGUCGCUCACUACGAUUUGAUGAUAAGCCAGACUAUGUUUAUCUCAAAAAAAUAUUCCGUGAUGUCUUCAUUCGCGAAGGUUUCCAAUUUGAUUACGUGUUUGACUGGACAAUUUUAAAGUAUCAGCAGUCGCAGCUGGCUACACCGCCAACCCGUGCCCUUGGUGCUGGAACUAGUUCUGGAAUGCCACAUGCUCCUCCCAUUGUGGACAGGCCGACAUGUGAGGAAGAUGGGAGGAUAGCUGGUUUAUCCUCACUGGAUGCCUCUCGUAGGAGAAUACCAGGACCAGCUCUAAAUUCUACGAGUGUGUCAAGGCAGAGAAAUUCAAUUGCUAUUGAUUCUGCUUUAACUAGAGAAACUAAUCUGUCAUCAAAUCCCAACAUGAUGGGCCGGUCUAGUGGAUCAUCAAGGAGACCUGCUGUUUCCAGCAGUCGUGAAGGAUUUGGAAGAAGCGAGUCUGAACACCGUGUUCGCACAACUGAUGCUAGUCCUGGAACAGGCCACCGAGUUUCAAGCGGCCAAAGAAGUUCACCAGUUGAGUCAUCAGACGCCACUCGAACCGGAAGACAUAGCUCACAAAUUAGAAACUACGAAACUGCCAUUAGAGGCCUUGAAGGCCUGCAGUUAGAUCAUGAGGAGAGGAUCCAUUACUAGAUUGUGAUGACUUCUGCUGGUUGCUGUAAAUCUCUUAAUUUGAUUGUAUACUCAGUUACCGAUGGAAGAGAGCUGAAAGUGUUUGUUGCUUCAACUUGUGCGUUGACACGUGAAUCCAUUUGCGUGAUAAACAAUGUAAAUUUUCUUUUUCCAAAAGGAAAUAACAGAAAUUGUUGAGAGAUGGGUGCCUGUUUGUUCUGCCCCAGAUUUAAAGCGAUGUUGAACUCCUUUCCUAUUGUCAUCAGUUUUACUUGUGAAUUUGCAA